GCGCCGACUACGACACACUAACUAACCCCAAUACGAGAAAGCGUAUCCUCCAUUUUAUUUCCAUUUAUUUGAUAUUUCUAAACAGAAAAAAUCAUUUGUGAUCGCGUGACAUUUACAAGGCGUAUUACCGAAAUAAGUGCGGAGUUCUAAAGUGAUUCUACGUUAGAAUUUUGAAUUCAAAAGACUAUUCCAAAAAGCGUGUGCUUACGUAAUAUUUUUUUCUUAAAUCAAGAUUGUGUAAGUGUUCCGAAGGCAAAGGUGACGCGGCAAGGCAAGGAAUGCUCAAGGUGGCGCGCUAGGGAAUGCUGAGCGGCGCGAUCCUGAGCGCAGCGCCGGUGUCCCUGCGCGGCCUGGCACCAGGUCUGCCGGCCGCCCGACCCGCGCUCCUCGCCGCCCUCGUCAUGCACGCACUCCACGACCGCCAGGAUGAGGCCAGCUUCAUAGAGAAUGGUCUUCUCUCGUACGAGAAUCCGAACUACCACUUGGACCCAUCUCGACUAGAGUCAGCGAUAUACAGCGACCUGUACGAUAUGCACGACGAGAAGAACACGCCGGACGAGUACGACAGCUACCUCGACAACAGGAGAGUCGAGGAUGAGGCAGCUUCGCCUGUUACAAAAACCAGUGACAAAAGCGGACUUAUCACGCCGCCCCAAAAUGGCGGCGAGGAGUCCCCCCCACCAGAGAAGGAGCGAGCAGAUCGUGAGGAUUCAGAGAAGAGUCACUCUACCCCAGUGCCGCACUCUGCUGAGGGUCCAAACGAUGACCUGUACGCCAUUCCUGUCAAAUUGAGACCUAAAAAGGAACCCCAACUGCCGCCAGGAUGGGAGAAACAUGAAGGUACUCGUCGGAAAUAUAACGACGGACCUUACUACUGGCACAUAAAGAGUGGGACAAUUCAGAGAGAGAUCCCGAAGAUGCCGCCCAUAGAAGCCAAGGAGUCCCGCAUUUCCAUGGUCAGGGAUUGUUCCAAUCUGUCCGAAGUCAGCAAGUACGAGGGCAGUAUGAUGACCAGCUCAGUCACCAGGAGUACCACCAGUGGAGCCCUGGACCAUGAUGGACAGGAGGCCGAGAGAAAACGGAAAGAGGAGAUGUCUUACAAACGUCGCAGUUUCCCAGCCCGUCCAGAGCCAGACAACGGUCGUGCCGUCAGGUUUUUCGUCCGCUCCUUGGGUUGGGUCGAAAUUGCAGAGUCUGAUCUGACUCCAGAAAGGUCCAGUCGUGCGGUUAACAAGUGCAUCGUGGACCUCAGUUUAGGCCGCAACGAUCUGCUGGAUCAAGUUGGACGCUGGGGUGAUGGCAAGGACCUCUUCAUGGACUUAGACGACGGAGCUCUAAAGCUGAUUGACCCGGAGAGCCUGAACACACUGCACACACAGCCCAUACACACCAUCCGUGUGUGGGGAGUCGGCAGAGACAACGGCCGGGACUUUGCAUACGUGGCCCGUGACCGUGCGACGCGCAAGCACAUGUGCCACGUGUUCCGCUGCGAGGCGCCCGCGCGCAGCAUCGCCAACGCUCUGCGCGACAUCUGCAAACGUAUCAUGAUCGAGCGCUCUCUGCAGCCUCCGCCACGCCCCACUGAUCUACCGGCUACUAGGCGGCCUAGACCACUGUCUGUGGGUGCAGCGUUCCCGACGCCGAUGGAGGAGCCGCGCAAGACGGUGCGCGCGCUGUACCUGGGCAGCGCGGAGGUGGCGCGCGCCACCGGCAUGCGCGUGCUCAACGACGCGCUCGAGAGGCUCGCCGCCGCGCGCCCGCCCUCAGCCUGGCGCCCCGUCGCCGUCGCCGUGGCGCCCUCUAUGAUCACUAUCACUGAUGAAGGGGAUACAACCCCUAUAGUGGAGUGUCGAGUCCGCUACCUGUCGUUCCUGGGCAUCGGGCGCGACGUGCGGCGCUGCGCGUUCAUCGUGCACACGGCGCAGGACCUGUUCGUGGCGCACGCCUUCCACGCCGAGCCCUCCUCCGGCGCCCUCUGCAAGACCAUUGAGGCUGCUUGCAAGCUGCGUUACCAGAAAUGUUUGGACGCGCACGGCGGGUCGGGGUCGCUGGGCGCGGGCCCGCUGGGCGCCGGGUCCGCCGGCUCCGACUCGUCCCGGGGCUCCAUCGGCGCCGCACUCAAGUCCCUCGUGGGCUCGCUCACUGGGCGCAGGGGCUCCUGAACUACACUCAACUCGCCGCACUCCGAUGACGAGCCACUACCGCCGGAGGAGUGCGGCCCGGCGGCCUGCGACCCGAGCGACAGUGCUGCCGACACGCAAUAGUGUCACCGCUUGCCGACAUUUCGUCACGUCAUACUCACCGCUAAUGUAUCGUUUUAACCAAGUAACUAUUACAUUACGCGCCUUUACUCAACUGCAGUAAUGCUUAUGAUCCCAUAAAACUUACCUAAGAUUGGUCUAUUAAAUGCAAGACAGAAUAAAGAAUGUCUUGUGAUUGAUACAGCCUAAGUUGACGUAAAAAAGAGCGCGAAUCGCCAUAUUGCCGCCAUAUUUGAAUCCUCUUCAACAUCCAAACGUUUACUUGUUAAAACGAUACAAGACUAUUAUAAGCCGACUGAGAACAUUGACUAAAUAAAAAAACUAGCUAUCAUAGUUUUGCUUAACCUAACAUUGACGAACAAAGAUCCAAGUUUGUCAAAUUAUAAAGACGAUUAGUCGAUAAUUUGACAACGAGAGGGCUUAGUACGAGUUUGCUUUACGUUUAACGAGAUUGAAACGAGACCGUAAUCGCUCUGAUUGGUCGGCUCCAACGAACCAACCAAUCAGAACACCGGUCGUUAUGAUCUCCAAACGUAAAGCAAAUUCAUACUAAGCCCUCAGGACUUAUACUAUACAUUUCAUACAAACUCGACUGCAUCAAUAAACAUAUCUAUUAGUUUUUUUACGCUAAUAGGCUCCCAUAUAUAGUGGAAAUAUAAAUACUUAUCUACAUAAAUAAUUACGUGCAAUAUAUAGCAAUAGACAAUAGACAUGGGUAAUUUUAUGGAUUAAUUUUAAGAAAUAAACAGCAAAGUGUUUUAAUAUUAUUACUAUUCCUGUUAUUUUGUUAAUUUUCUUAAUAUCUAAACUUGUAAAUAGAAAUAUUGAGUGUGUUUGUCAAACUUCACAUUUGAAGCUAACUUCACUUAGAACUAGAUGUGGACAUGUUUAAUAAAAGCACUACAAUACCACUCUGAAGUUAGCUAUGUUUGAAUGAAGUUUUUAAACUAAUUUAAUUAAUGUUAGAGUAAGUAAGUUGGUGUUUUAUAGUGACAGAUUAUUAUCGCAACGUUAGGCAAGCUAGCUUCUUCCAUUUCUAGACUUUAUAAACGCCCUAUGUUUGUUAAGAUUUAUACUUAAUCAGACUGUAAGUAUUACUAAAACAUUAAUUAAAUUACCAAAUACUCCCAUUGUUACUACCUUCCCUGCUUAUACUCUGUUGAACUAUGUGUUACCUCGAGUUGUAUAAAGCCUCUAAUUGGUGUUAGAAGUAAAUUUUAAUUAAUUAAAAUUGGUACUUAAUGUUUAAAAUGUAACGGCGAUUUUUCUAUAAGUUUGUCCCACAAACUACAUAGAAAUAAUAUUGCGUUAAUUUUAAACCAUUAAUUAAAGUUAGGAUUAAAGUUUUAGAAUAGAAUCGCUGAUGUCCAGAUAUCAAACAAUAUUUAGGGCUGAUGUUUGUAUUAAAUAAAUUGAUGUGCUGUCAAAUUCAAGUGUUGAAUGACUCGUCAUAAAAACACGUGAUUGACAUUUGACUUUGACAUUUUAUUGUUAGGAUUUACCAAAUUCUUGGUCUCUUGAAGGUUACCCUAUAAAUUACUAGUCCAUAGAAGUAGGUAUGUUAAGCUUUUGUAAAUUUUACGCUAUUUAUAUAUUACAAGUGUGACAUAAUAUCUCGUCACAACACUAUUGAUGUUAACAUAGAUUUUGUGUAAAAUUAAUUGUAAGACUCAUAAUUUGGGAUGUCGGAAGUUCUUUGUAAAUAAUUGUAAACUUAAUGGGAGUAGAUAUAAGGUAGAUAAUGGAUUGAUAGUGGGCAGUUCCCGGUGAGAGCUGCCUGGUAGGAGCACGCUAUGGAUAGUCAAUCGUAUGCUGACUUGAAUAGAUGUAAUAUUGCAGUGUGUGUGGGAAGUAUUGGUGUCGAGCACGGUAUGUACCUAGAGAGUAAGGCAUUAAUGGUUUCCAAAAAAAAACUUUGGUUCGUAGUAUAAUUGUAACGAAUAUAGGACCCUAUGAUUAUAAAUAAAGAGUUUAUUUUUGCUUAAGCUUUAAGAUAUUGAGGAUUUCGAUUGCUAAAGAUAAAUAUUUUUUGUAUGAUCACCUCAUAAGUAUUUAUGAUAUUUAUAUAAAUCUAAGCUUUUUGGGCGUAAAUUAUCCCUUUAGUUCUGCAUUGUGAGGGCUCAAAUUUAAAGUCGAAGUGUAUAAAAUGUAUGGAGACCUGGUGUCAUCAUUCAGAAACUAGACUUUAAAUGUUGAGUGAUGGUAAGAGUUACCAUCGACAUAUAAUUUAGAGAUCCAUUCAAAUCGCUAACCUCAUUGUUACAAGGGUGUUCGAAACACAUUGAGCUUUCAAUAUUAUAUAUUUAUACGUAAUAUUCAAAUCCGCUCGUAUUUAAAUUAGAAUAAAACAAAUCCUAAAUUCGGCCAUUUUACAUGCAUAAAAUAUAAAACAAAAUGGCUGACGAGUUGCCAUGUGCGGCUUGCGUAGAUUAGAAACAUUUUCAUAAGGAGAGUUGUAACGGAAAAAAGGGAAUUGGGACCCAUGAAAAAAAAGACGAUUUUCGAAUUAAAUUUGACUUUGCCAUAGUUGGAAGUUGGCCCAUUGACUUAAGACUUGAGAACUAGGAAAACGGUCAGCUAUGGGAAGUGAAAUGAGUUCCAAAGUUACUUGAAACGUAUUAUAACUUAAUCAAGUGUUUUUGUGUCUGUAACACUUCGACAAAUAUAGGUAACUUAAUAGUGUAUUGAGAGACAGAGCGACCUCUGAAAAAGUAUGACGUCACUCCAAUUAUAUUGUUCGAUGACUCAAACAACGACAUUCAAAAGACCUCUCGCAUCACGCAUACCUAUUCAGAGGUCGCUCUAUUUCACUAGAAUAAGGCAUUCGAGUUAGAAUAUCACAAAAUAGCUUCAAAGUAUAUUUCAAAUAUUAGAGAAUCAGUGUCGCUUCACACUUAUAUGGUAUAUAUAAAUAUAAUGUACACUGAGCUGUUCUGUAAUACGUAAAGUUAGUAUAGUGUUAUUCACACUCUAAUACUAAGUGAAAGUCAUUAUUUAUACAAGAAUAUAUAAAUAUUUAAGGGCGGGGUGUUCAUAGAGGAACGCGUAGAUGUUUCUACUCGUUGUUUUAUGAGGGCUCUCUUCGCGCAAUACAUUGUGACAAUGCAAGCUUCAACGGCCUUUUAUCGGGUGAAGUAUGAGUAUGGUCAAUAUUUUCUAUAAAGUAAACGUUUAUGUAGUUUAUUAGAUAGCUUGUGAAUUCCUGUUUUCUAGCUCACUGUUGAAUACGGUCGGGAAGAUGUUAUAUACAGUCAUCGCUUUGACAGCUUAAAAGCCUUCAAACUGUGGCUUUUAAUGAAUACUUUUGUGAAAUUAAUAAAAAAAUAUUCAUACACA